AUGGCAACCGAAAGCACUGCUCCCAAGGUCACUUUGUACUGGCUCGACAAAUCCAGAGCUCAGCGCUUCAUCUGGCUCCUUGAGGAAUGCAAUGUCGAGUACAACAUCGAAGUCUUCAAGCGCACACCUGAGAUGCUCGCACCUCCCGAGCUGAAGAAGGUGCACCCAUUGGGCAAGUCUCCUGUCGUCGGUGUUACCGCUCCUGGUAGAACCGACCCUUUGAUUCUUGCCGAGUCUGGUUUCAUCACUGAGUACUUGACCGAGCACUUUGCUCCUCAUCUUGCACCAAAGAAAUACGAGGAUGGCAAGGAAGGUCCUGGUCUCGAGACCGAGGAGUGGUUGCGUUACCGCUUCUUUAUGCACUAUGCUGAGGGCUCUUUGAUGGCUCUGAUGGGUGACAAGAUCCCCUUCUUCCUCCGCCCAGUCACAGGCGCCAUUGUCGGCAGAGUAGACGCCAUGUACUUCAAGCCCAACUUCAAGACUCACUUCGACUUUUUGGAGUCGCAACUCGCCAGCGCACCCAACGGUGGUGGUUUCCUCUGUGGCAAAGACCUUACUGCCGCUGACAUUCUGAUGUCGUUCCCUCUUCAGGCUGGCCAGAAGCGACUGAAGCUCAUCAACGCAACCGAUUACCCCAAGUUGGAUGCUUUUGUUAACAAGCUCGAUAACAUGGAGGGAUACAAGAGAUCCAUCGAGAGAAUUGAAAAGGAGACUGGUGAGUCUUUCUCUACUAUGAUGGGUGCUGAUUAG